ACUUGCUUGGGCGCUCGUCCGCUCGGCUCUACGCGGAGCCGUGACGUCACGUGUAAAACAAAACAAAAUAGACGAGCUAUUUCCUGUGUGCGAUCGUUUCUCGCAGUAGUGUUUGGUUGAUUGUGUGUAUUUAGUAUUGUUUGCCGUUUCGUGGUUUGUGAGAGGCACUUCAGUUUUGCUAACAUGACGCAGCUUAGGGGUGUUUGCAACGGGGACCUCUGACUAGCAGCGAUGUCCGUUUAGUCGAGAGCAAAAUGUCCAGCUCGGACACCGACCCAACGGACCGCUCUCCGGAAGCCGAGUCCAGCCAAGGUGAUGCCGAAGGCUCGACCUCGGCUGCGACGCAAACAGAGGAGAAAACACCGGGCGUGCGCCAGAAGCUGCGGACCCUGACAUUUGGCCGUCGCCGCAAGAACGCAUCCGGCUCGUCGUCCUCCUCGGCGGGCCCAUCUAAGGAACAGCCGUCCCGCGAAUGCAAGCCGAGGAAAGGCGGCAGCAGCUGGGGUUUCAAGCUUGGAUGCAGAUCGCGCCGCACCUCGUCGGCAGCGGAUCCCGUUGCGAGUGAUCACCCUACGGGCUGCCCGAUAUGCAUAUGCACCGGUUACCGUCGCACCGAGGAGCGCAGCGUCGACCCCGAUGCCGCCAGCGUGAGGGUCACACCGCCGCGCAGUCACGGCAAGUUCGCCUGCGGCUCGGACGGCAAGUAUCGGGGCGACGAGUACCAGGUGGACGACUGGGACGAGCGAGCUCGCAAGGAGCGGGCCCGCGAGAUCGAAGAAGGCGUCGACCCGCCUCCGGGAUUCCGUAGCGACGGUCGGCCGUCGACGUCCUCCUCCUCUUCCUCCGAAGAACAGCCGAGGGCUCAAGUGCCUUCGCCCCAACCUCUGCAGCCGCAGCUUCCGGAGCUCGCGCUCGCGCUGCGCAACCAGCUGAGCUUUUCCAGCGGUCCCGAGAGCCUGUCCGUGCCGUGGGAGGUUCUGAGCCAGAUAUGGGACGUGGCCCCGCAAGUGCACACCCAGGUGGACUACAUGCACUGCCUGGUGCCCGACCUGCUGGGCAUCACCUCGUGCGGCUUCUACUGGGGCAAGAUGGACCGGUACGAGGCAGAACGGCUUCUGGAGAACAAGCCCGAGGGCACGUUUCUGCUCAGGGACUCCGCGCAGGAGGAGUACCUCUUCUCGGUGAGCUUUCGACGGUACGGCCGCUCGCUGCACGCCCGCGUCGAGCAGUGGAACCACAGGUUCAGUUUUGACUCUCACGACCCGGGGGUGUUCUCGUCGCGCACCGUGUGUGGCCUGGUGGAGCACUACAAGGAUCCGUCGUGCUGCAUGUACUUUGAGCCCAUGCUCACCCGUCCUCUGCACCGAACUUUCGUGUUCCCGCUGCAGCACCUGGCCCGUGCGGUCAUCUGCUCGUGCAUCGCCUACGACGGUGCCGCCAAGCUGCCCCUGCCCCGGAGCCUCAAGAGCUACCUGCGGGAGUACCACUACAAGCAGAGGGUCCGAGUGCGCCAGAUCGAGGACGGUGGCACCACUGUGCAGGACUUUGGGCCGGGUACUAGCCGGGGAUACGGGCUACUCGGUGCCUCUGCCCUCAAUAGCUGCCACCUAGGCCCAGACAUUGGUUGACGUGGGUCGUCGCAUACGAUUUUGUUCAGCUGUUCCUCUGAGUUUGAAGGUCCAGAUGAUGUCGUACUAGUUGGGUUCAGCCAGUCACUGUUACAGGUGGCCAUUGCUUCAUUGAUAUUACAAAUGUUGCUGAGAAGGCGAGCGUUUACCUCGCAUGACAAGACUGCUUGUUUUCAAGAUCUGUUACCAUGCAACAGCUCAUCCAAACCCUUUCGUGCUCUCGUGGUACUACUUUGGUGUACGAGCUAUCGAACAAUAUUUUACAUCUUCCACAGGUGCCUUGUCCACAGUUGCAGGUGCCAGGUUUAUGCUUUAGAAUAGCUAGCACAAAAUGAAAAAGAAAAGAACAAAAAUUAAAUUUAGUUCAACAUAUUGUCAUUUAAAAAUAUUAUAUAAGAAUUGUGCUGUGAAAUUGUGUGCAAAGUACUUUAGAAAAGAAGAAAGCAUGUGGAGGUUGAUAUGUUAAAUGACACUUUAUUAUGUAACUUUGAGGAGGGUUCUCAUGUUGCCACCAAUACAGCCUAGCUGGCAAGCUUCUGGAAUUCUUGGGCACCUAUCAGGUACACUGCAAUUGAUGUUAUGCCUGUAGCGUACUUACAGAUGUCUCACAUGUUAUGCACCAAGCUUUUAAAGAAGAGUGAUCAUUUUAUGUGAACAAAUUCAUGCACAUAUUAGGUAUGUUCAUUUCCUGUGUUGCUCGCAGUGACAGAGCAAAAAUAGUUCCAGUGAUGGUGCAGUGCGUUUGUGUUGCACGUUGGAGAACAAACCCAAUUAUGUGCCGAGUGCUGAGGUGUAGGCUGUGUCAUCUGCUUGGUUGAAUUGGUCAGUGGCCUGGUGUGCGUCAUGUACUUCUGCUGCAUCAUCUCACCAGUACGUUCAGAUGAUCCCUGCACUGCAGCAGCAUCUCGCCUGCACCACAGCGCAAUUGAGGGUUGAGGUGUGGCGUACCGUGAACAGGUACAGAGGGUGCAGUGGACCAAGCAUGGAUUGAACACACCUAUUGUUCACAGUCCACUUGAGCAUCCGCCAGUAAUAUUUUUGUUGAUGACAAUCAGUUAUUUAAUUAUGUAUGGUUAUCCAACUCGUGAAUUCGAAUAAUAAAGAUGUCAAUUAUGAAGCUGCAGACAAUUAUAAGAAACAUUGAAUAGAGGUGUUUUUAGCAAGGUGCUAAUUGCGUGCUUAUGUUUUCCUACUGAAAGCCCAUGAAAAGUGUAGUGUGGCAACGAUGGCUACGAGAUGGCAUCAGAGUAGCUCGCGUCGUCUGAGAGGUCUGCCUGUUGCGGCUGCUGUGAAUCGAGCCCAUGCGAUGUCCUUUGCCAUGUCCAGAUUAGCGAGUCAUGCUGCCCUUCACUCCGUUUGCAGCAUGCAGCACGAGGCAGAUUGCCCGUGCCAGCCAAUAUAUUGUGAAAUGAAAAGAUGCAUAGAGGUGCGCUCAAAUUUCGCCUUGGGGAAUAUUGUAAUCAUCGGUGAAUCUUCACACUGUGGCAAUGGCGUAGCUGAGGUAUGAUAAGGUGGCCAGGUGUAGAUCAUCGUCAAUGUGACAGAAUAGAUGAAUGGAUGGAAGAGGAGGAUGGGAAUGGGCGAACAAGGCAAACCCGGUUUCAAACACUUCAUUGCUCUCGCAGUGAAAAAAAAAUGCUUGUGGAUGCUCAGCUAGACUGUGAACGAGACAUGUUGUACUUUGUUUUGUUUGCAUGAAAUUAUCAGUUUAUUUUUUUUAUAGCUUGAUGAGUAAUAGUUGGGACACCAUGUCGAAUUUUGCAUUGAGGUGCAUCAUUUAAUUAAAUUCAUCAUUUCCAUUUUCUGAAUUUGUCUGCGAUAGUGCUGUUUGAGCUUCAGAAAAUUUUUCAGACCAACAGAAUUUGAAUCUGUGAGAAACACACCAUUCAUACAUCUGUUGAGCUUAUGGUGGUAAUUGUCCAUUGGCCAAGCUACGGUUCAUGGCGGCAUUGCACUUAUGAGUUUAUGUGCCGAAAACAUUUCCUUAUGAACAAAGGGAAAUCAUUAGCUUACAUCUGCUCGUUAUCCUCGAGCCCCUCAUUAUAAGCGAGGUCUUUUUAAAUGCUGGUUAUGUAAUGCACCUUGUGUGUUUAAUGGUGCACAUAAAAGAGCCGAGCAACAGAGUACUGUUAAGAAUGUAUGCAAGAAAAAAAAAACAACGUAGCUCUGUGAGCUUGCUCAUGCGUGUAGAGAGAAAAUGUGCUUUUAUUAAUGUAAGUUUGGGUUGUGACCAUCCUGAUUGACUUUUCUUUUUCUGCUAACAAGGUGUAGAUUUCUUUCUAGCGAAGAUAGUGUAAUAGAUAAAAUAUGUAUUUUGCUUUGUUUCAAGCUUCACUUAUCAUAGGGGAGGAUAGAAGCUCCACUCAUGACACUGAUGUGCAUAUGAGGAGGUAGCUAACAUGUCAUUUUCUCUUGCUGUUGCGUUUUACACAGUGCAUUUCAUCUCGCGCAACAAAGAUGGUUUCUGCCAGGCGCGCACACGAGUGCUUAUCGACUUGGACACUAAAAAGAAAACAAACAGUUUCAACUGAUAAAGAACUCUUUCAAAACGCCACUUUCAUUAUUUUUGCCAUUGCAACUACUCUACAAGCAGAAAGAAUGAACCAAACUUGCUUUCUUUUUUUUGUGUGUGACGGAACUAGUGAAGCAGAACUAUCGAUAGCACAAAAACUACUGAUAGUACCAUCCAUAGUGCACCAUUUGUAUCGAAAAUACUAUUGAGCUCACUAACGCUUCUGUUAUUAACUGUGCAGUAUCCAUAAUUUACACUUGCAUGACGUACCACACAUAGACAACGCGACACAAACUUGGCAACGUUUCUCUGUUCCUAGUUGCAUAAAAAAGGACACUGGUGUUCAGCUAUUGCAAAAUUUCUGGUAAUAUCUCUAGCCAAUUGUAAAACAACCAAUUGCGCUGUCAGUAGUGCACUAUAGCAAUACUUGCUGUAGUACUGUCAGUAGUUUCAUAGUGAAAUAUUUUAGUACUAUAUAUAGUGCUAUCGAUAGUGGAUUUACCGAUAGUUCUGCGUCACUAGCCAAAACCACAACACCGGUACAUCAGUGUGCCAUCAUGGAUUUCAAAGUGUCUUUUUUUUUUCCUUCUUUCUUCAUAUCUGGGCCGUUGCAGUACUGUAAAAGUUCUCAAAACUUGCAAAAUUAAGUCUUUGGUUCCUCUAGGAUGCAGUGUAGACCAUCUUUACCUGUGAACAAUUGACUGGCCCAGAUCGAUGGCAUCAUGGCGAGUUGGUACGGGAACUUCAAAGCAAUGUCGCCACCCGUCUUUUGUUUUUGCGUUUAAUCUGGUUUAUCGGGUGUCCUGUCACGGUAACAGUGGCUUCUGUAAUAUUACAGAAGUGCAAUAUACAUUAACACAGCUCAACAUACUUUUCUUGUUAGUGUCCGUGUAAGAUUAGGGAUGAAAUGGAUAAAGAUUGAGGGCCUGUUGUUGGUAUGAACCAUUUGCUCAGAGCUCUGUAAUGUCUGCUUUUGUUUACCCAAGUUUGUAUUUUUAAUCAGUGGUAGAAGAGCUAGCGUGACCCAUUUUUGCUCAUAACUAUCCAUUUUAGAGUUGUUGCUAGCUCAACUACUUUUUAGUGUAUAUGGUUAAGCAAGAUUAGCAAUGUGCCUGUCUUAUUUUGGUGUAUCAAGUAUGUUUUUUAUUCUGCUUCCAUUUGUUGAAUGUUGCAUGUGGUCAGCCCACUCGAUAUUGAGCAAGGUAUGUGUGGCACGGUGAACAGGAGGAAAUGAAUUCCAGCGAGAGCUGGCGUCGUAGCGAUAUGCCGAGUACAAAAAUUGUGUUUUUUUUUUAUACGUGGUCUAUUAGUGGAAGCAACAUAGAAUUGUUUUUAACAGUUGAAACAAUUUGUUGCAAGGAUGAAGAAAAUGCAAUUACCGCAGUUCCACAGCCAUGGAGCGAGCUGCAAACAACAGAACGAGGACCUGUCUGUGCGCUUGUUAUUUAUUGUCCCGUUGCGUCUUGUACAUUAUGCAGUGCGUCUGAACACUUUUUUACCCUCUGUAAAUAGUGUAAGUAAUGUCCUCUUAGCGCCCUGUCCAUUCGUGUGUGCAGAAUUGUUUCCCGACUUGUAUUUCACUGCUCACACUCAUAGUUGUGCAAAAUAAAGUUAAAGGUACCAUA